CCACUGCUGCAGUGCGCAUGCUCCUGACAAAGAAACAGCUGCACAGACUCUUGAACUACCUUUAUUGUUUACUUUUAGAUUGCGUUAAAUUUAAAGUCCAGCACGUAUGAUGAACGCCAUCGAUGGAGCGAAGAACGGAUAUAAACAACUCUAGGCAGUAAACUCCUGAAUAAUGCGGUGGUAGUUGUUGAAAUCAAAAGUGAAAGUGCUGUGGUGCACUCAGCAGUUAUUUGAUAUCCUUCUAAUUUUAAUUUACAAAAAAACUGGGAACACUUGCACUAUGGUGGGGAUGAUGAUGGUUAUUAAAGUCAUUUUAACUGGAUACCUCAUGACGUGCGUUUAUGCUGAUGGAGUUGCAGAUGUGGUACUCACCUGCACUCUGGUGGAAGAGGGAGCUGGACUUGGUGGAAUGGGAGGCGGUCACUUCACUCGGACUCCGGCCACUCUUAUUUUACGAGAUGUUGCUGUGGGCCCGGACGAAUCACUCGAAGAACUCACUCCGUUUGUUCCUCCCUCCAUCCCUGAUCCAGACCUCCUCCUGUUUGAGGCCAAAGUAUCAUCUCCUGAGAUCCCCAAUGCAAACGUGCUGCUCCAUGCAGACUGCAAUGAGCAGGAAGUGAUGUGCGAAUUAAGUAGUUACUCUCCUCGGGGAUUCGAGGAAAACUCAGAUCGGGUCUUUUUCAUGGUGUCCCUCAGUGUGGAUGAGGUUGACUUCAGCACUGCGCUGAUUCUGGAGACCUUGAAGGUGGAGAAAGACGAGUCAACCCUGAUGCAAAGCAAGCUGGCUCUUCCUCUCAGCCAGUCAGGAACUCUGCUUACCGACUUGAUAUUUGUGGUGUUCACCCACAUAAAGUCUGUGUCUGCCCCUCUGAGAAGUGAUGUUCUCCUCAACUGUGGCUUCAAGCAGCAGGACACGCCAUUAGCACAGGAAGUGGGCAUUGAGUGGCGUCUGCAGCACAGAGGUAAAGGCAGGAAGGUGCUUGAAAUGAAGAGGGCGCUGGAUGAUACAGAAGGCAGCACGAUAGUGGACGGUGAGAGGGCCGGCUCAAGCAUAAAUGCUGCCCAGGUUGUUGGUGAGGGUAACGCGUCUUUGACUCUGACCACGCUGAAGGUUGGAGAUGAGGGGACCUACAUCUGUACAGUCAGUCUUGGUCCUUUCCACUCCCAGCAGGUCAUUCAACUUCGCAUUAUUCAACCUCCAGAUGUUUCCCUCUCAGUGGAGAAGUUGGUUUUAAAGUCAAGUUCGUCCCAGAAAUUAAGUUGUCACAGCAGUAAAUACUACCCACUGGAUUCUCACAUUGAGUGGUUUUCCCUCUCUCCUACGGACACAGACCCACAGCUCUUUAUAGAUCAGGGCUCCCUGUCCAGUCAUCGGCAGCACGGUGAUGGAACGUUCACCCUGUCCUCUCACAUAGCUGUGCCUCCCACCACCGUCCCAGGAACCAAAAUCAUCUGCAAGGUCUCCCACACAGCUCUAGAAGAACCGCUCUUUGUUAGUGUGGUGGUGGAACCUCCUGAGCCUAAUUCCUAUUGGUGGAUACUGGGCUUCCUGAUCAUCACUGUACUUUUCUUCUAUCAGGUCAUGGGAUAAAUUUCACUUACAUCAUCGUGACUGGAGACUAGAAAGUUUCUUUGUGUCAUUUUAGUGUUUAAGUUAUUUUUUUAGGUAUUCCACUGGUUUGUUCAACUCUUCCAGCUUUCUAGAAACUGAAAAACAAAAGUAUAGAAUAAAAUUAGUCUCAGGAGGUUUACAAAUGUGUACAAUGUGAUCAACAGGUGUAUACUAAAAUUUAUAAAUGUGUACAAUGAUUUGUAAGUUUUGAAGACUCACAUGCUCUAAUCCACACACAAAUACAGAGGAAUUGGAACACAUGGAAAACUAAUUUACAAAUGGAUAUAUCAAACCUGAAUAAACAGUCAGGAUUUUUACACAAAUUUUACAGUUCGACUUUAUAAAUUUGAUAAUUUGUACUUUUAGAACGUUUCCUGUAACAUUCUUUAUAUUCUCACGUACAGAUCAUUAAAUAUGCAUGCAUGAAUCCUCUGAUAUGCACAGUGAGGGUUUGAGACUUCACAUUGUGAUGUUCACAUAGUCCCACAAAUGUAAGCUGUGUUCAAGUGCUAGAGAAAACAACUGGUACAUCUGGGGUUCCAGUGGAUUCAUAUGUGUGCUUGUUUUAGUUACUAUGGAUUAUGUAGGGUGGAGAGACAUCUCUAUGGCUCGUCCUCUGAGGUGAAUAUAUGCUGACAAUUUCUUGUAUAUUUUGAUUAUAUAUGAUUAAGUUGAUAUGGAUAACAAUCUAGGUUACUAUAUGGCAUCUAUGUAUGUUUCCUAGUCCAGUAUAAUGAGCUGUUCUGUUUAUUUAUGUGUGGAUCGAGCACCCAAGUAGUGAAAAUUUUAAUCAUUGUGCACAUUUGUAAAUCUUAAUUUACGUUUAAUUUAUAUAUCAUUUGUAAACAUUUGGGAAAAAUUUUGCUCCGUACAAAAAACUUUUUGGGGGGGUGAAAGCUAUGCAUAUGGUAACCGAUCUAUUUAUGACAUAGCUGUGAAAUUUCUAUACAUGAUACAUUUUUUGUUUAUUAUUUUUAAUACCAACCUAUUUUUGCACUAUGCAAGUUUGAAGCUUGCAAUAUGCUAAAUUGCAUUAAAACCCACAGAUCACAUCCCAAACUAUGUUAUUCACCAACAGUACAAAUUUUAUUCAUAUACGAUAACACUGCAAUUAUACAGUAGCAAACUCCCUUACAUGGAAUUAUUCCCUUCACAGCUUUCAGUAUGGUUGUUGUCAGGGGGCCUGUUGUUUGCAGGUAGAAAAUAAUGGUGUGUAGGGGCAGUAGGCGUUUUCAUCUUCUGCAGACAUGAAAGGUCCACACGAUUUGUAUUUGAAAGCAGCUAAUAGCCCAAUUGCACUAUGAGUAUUUAUUACCUGAGACAUGGUCUCUGUAAUAUUUUUGUAAACUAUUUACUUUAUGUUUUUUCCCAGGAGCCCACAAAGGCCCAGAAAUUAUUUUUUUAAAAGAGCAACAAUAUUGAAAGCACCUUAAAUGAACAUAAAGUUGUUUUUCCUUGAAUGUAAAAUUAUGCUUUGAGUAUUUGGGGCUUAUUUAGACUUUUUUUUUUUUGAUCAAUAUAAAGUGGGAAAGGGUUUUUUUUUCUGUGUCUCUACUGAAAAAUUGGUAUGACUAUUUAAACAAUCACAGCCUCUUAAAUCCCACGUACCUGCUGAAUUUACUGUACAUUCAAUCAUUUAGAAGCCUGGCAGAACUUUGUUUUAUAUUCUAGUGGAGAUCCUGAUGCUCCCUGUGACAUUUAAGGAGGAUGGAGUGAUGCUACCAUACAAGCCUUAGUUUGAAUGUGUGACUUGGUGUGUAACUUCAGUGAAAAAUGGUACAUAGACCCAAUAAAUGUAGAUUAUUAUACUUAAAGUGGGAAUUUGAGAAGGUUUUUGUUAUACUUCUUAUUUUUGGUACUAUAUAUUUGUUUUAUCCUCCCUUCAGUUUUUGUAUGAUUUUAUUUUAUUUUAUUGUACCUGUAAUAUAGAAGGAUUAUGUGAUACUGUGACAAUGGUUAAGGAAUUUCCAUUGAUCAAUCUUUGUACAUUGUGGAAUUGAUUGAAGUCAUUAAAAAAAUACAUCAUCA